AAAGUCAACCCAGAAACACCUGACAACGCACAGCUACACACCAAACAAACCUGUCAUUAUUAUACGAAUAGUCGGUAAAUCUAGUAUACGCUUUAGAGUUCCUUACUUUCAACCUUAUAUUAUUUGCAUAAGCAUGUCUCUGGUCUACAUCACCCAUCACGAUGAGAACAUUCUCGACUGUGAGCAGGAAUUUGCCUCGGGGCCUAAGGCAUCCAUUUAUAAUUACAAAAAUCCCACUGUUGAGAAGGCCGCCAAGUAUGCGAGGAAACUUCGCGAACGCUUGAAUGAUGAGGACCAGAAGCUAUCAGUUAUCCUGCAAAGCGAUGGCACUCGCAUAUUGACCGAGGCCAAGAAAUCGCUGCAUCGCACUAUGGGCUAUGCCCACACCCCCAUUAAUCCACCCAACGCGUUUCUUCGCAAAAAUCAGGGUGUCAAGUGGCGACGGGAGAACACUCACAAGUGUCCGAAGCCUAUACCGAUGCCGCCACUACCGCCGGCGGGUAGUGCCGGUAAGGUAAAGAUUGCUCCUAAUUUCAUCAAGCGCAACAAGGAAGCUGCAGGAAAGGUCACCAUUUCGCCGCAGCCUCCUCGCUACAUUGACACACCAGUGGGAACGCGUCACAAUCUGCUCAGCUCAGGCUUGGUGCCGCAGCACAUUAGUCGAAAGGAUUUCGGUAAAGUGCCGAUUUACCUCAAGAGAACCAAGAAGAUGCUGGCCGAAGCGAAUGCCGUGUGUGCCAAGGAGCAGGCACGUCUGCUGGAGUUGUGUCGUGGCAUUAAGGGUUUUACAAGGACUUCACUUACCAUGGUCGACGGUCCGCCGGAAAUGCCCGGCAUGCGGGUGAUGGACAAGCCCGAACGCAACGAGAUCCUUGAGGGGCUGCGAUCGAGCCUCACCGAGAUGACCAAACAGUAUCAGUCCAUGUCGCUGCUCAUCGACAGUCAGGCCAAGCGCUUGCGCAAGAGCAAGUUGGAGACCGAUUUGCGUCAAGUGGAACAGGAUAUCCUUUUGAUUGAAACAACGCCCAUCAUCUAUGUUUCCGAGUAUUAAAUCCAAUUCUUAUCGUGUGUGUCGGUGUCUGGCAGCCGAGUGGGUUUUCCUUUUCGAUUUAUCCGCUCCGCUCUUAGAGGCGGA